AUGUAUUUUAGUGUCAACACUCCCUAUAAAAAUCUCUUAAGCAUUUGGCCACUAACCCCACCUUAUCAGGAGUGGACCUUACUAAUUACGAUAACAAUGGCUUACUUACAGUCAAAACCAAAAUCUGAGACCAUUGAGCUACGAGAAAAGUACAUUGGAGGCGCCUGCCAGUUGUUUUUCCGUUCGUCGCCGCUGAAAAUUGUCAGGGGGAUCGCCCAGUUCAUGUAUGAUGAAACGGGCGAGAGGUACCUGGACUGCAUCAAUAAUGUAGCACAUGUGGGACAUUGCCACCCGCACGUGGUGGAAGCGGGCAGAAAUCAAAUGUCCUUGAUAUCAACAAACAACAGAUACCUUCACGACGAAAUAGUCAUUCUAGCCGAAAGGCUGGUGAAGACCAUGCCUGGUUCGCUAUCUGUCUGUUUCUUGGUCAAUUCGGGAUCUGAAGCCAACGACCUAGCGCUGCGAUUGGCCCGAGUCCACACAAAAAAGAAGGAUGUCAUUACACUUGACCACGCGUAUCAUGGCCACCUUACUUCCAUGAUCGAUGUCUCCCCUUACAAACUGAACCUACCAGGAGGGCCAGACAAGCCAGAGUGGGUUCAUGUGGCACCGGUUCCCGAUAUCUACCGAGGGAAAUACACUUAUCCAAACGACUCACAGUCCGAAGAAGAAUUAGGGCUAUUGUACGCUGAUGAAAUUGGAAAAAUUUGCAAAGAUGCAGCAGAAAGGAAAGGGGGCGUCUGUGCCUUUAUCGCUGAGAGCCUACAAAGUUGUGGGGGGCAAAUUUUCCCUCCUGACGGCUAUUUGAAGCGCGCGUAUGAUUACGUAAGAGAAGCGGGUGGUGUAUGUAUUGCUGACGAAGUACAGGUGGGCUUCGGUCGAGUAGGUACCCACAUGUGGGCGUUUGAGACCCAGGAUGUCAUACCAGACAUCGUUACCAUGGGGAAACCUAUGGGCAACGGUCACCCAGUCGCCGCAGUUAUCACGACACCAGAAAUCGCCAAAAGUUUCGCGGACACUGGCGUUGAAUAUUUUAAUACGUAUGGUGGGAACCCUGUAUCUUGCGCGAUCGCCAACGCAGUUCUUGAUGUGAUAGAAGAGGAGAAUCUGCUGGAACGAGCGCAGAGGGUUGGUAACCAUCUUCUAGCUCGCUGUGAAAGCUUGAAGCACAAGCACCCGUUAGUUGGAGACGUCCGGGGAAGGGGAUUGUUCGUCGGAGUGGAACUUGUAACUGAUAGAGAUUCGCGGACUCCAGCUACUGCUGAAGCGAAACAUGUGGUUAAUAGAAUGCGAGAGGAGAAAAUUCUCAUUAGCCGUGACGGUCCCGAUGCUAAUGUGUUGAAAUUCAAACCACCCAUGGUGUUUUCCACUCAAGAUGCUGACAGGCUAGUAGACACCCUGGACAGAGUUCUUUCAGAACUCGAUGACCAAUGGAGAACGCCUAUCACCAAACUUAAACUUGAGGUCCUAGUGACUCCUAUUAGUGAAGAUGUUAAGCCUAGUGAUGCAGUUCUCUCAAGUAGCACUAAGCAAUACACAAGGGCUGUAUAA